AGUCGCGUGAGGUGGCCUCUCGUGUCCUCUCGCACGGGUUGCGUCCAAAGUUUCGACCAGUCGCCGAUCCGCAAGGUGCAUUCUCGAACCCGUUACGUGCACCACCGUUAAUCACGACUCUAUCGGGAUAUUUUCCACCCCGUAAAGCCCCGAUUUUUCCCCUGAAAGUCUAAAGUGUGUGCGUGUGUGCUUCCUGGUAGCUGGGCGGAGGUUGCUAAAAACGGGGUGAAAAGGAAGAGGAAGAAGACGCGACUGUCAACAGCUGACAGUUUACCCAAACGUCAAACGGUGUGCGGUGCAAGAAAGAGACAAAAAUCACAACAAACACCGAAAGCAUCGGACGCGUACACCAAUACUUCAUUCAUUGACGGACAGUUCAUUCAUACUCGUAGCGGUAUAUUGAAGGUGUGCGUGGAAGAGAGCAAGGUAUUCGUCAGAACAAAAACAUUCACUUUGGUCUACCUAUUUGUAACCCGACGUCGACUGAAGUGAAAAAGCCAGAUCAAUUGAAGAAUUUGAAUUGAUAACAACCUACCACACGAAUCAGCAAGAUGAGUAACCGGGACAGUACGACGGCCUCUACUAUGGCCAAGCUGAAAGGUCAAAAGUGGAAGCUGUUUGCCGAGCUCGCCAACAAAUGGACCGGUCUAGAUUCUGACGACGAGGACAUUCCAAUCAGUGAGUUGACGGGAGAGCACCGAAAGUCGUCCAAAAGUCAUGGCAGUCACCACAAGAGUAAGAGUUCGUCGUCGUCUUCGUCGUCAUCUGCCACCGCCAACAGUCAAAAUGCCGCACGCAGCAGCAGCAAUGCUUCGGCGAACCGGCCAAAGGGCAGCGUGAUGCGACUGGACCGGGCCGACAUGGGCCUCUACGGGUUGUGCCCCGAGACGGAUCCUUUUUACGCAGUCAUCUGUGAUAUCUGCGGCAGCGUGGUCAAACCACAGGGCCUUCAGAAGCAUAUGAGUAAUCGUCACCAUUCCUACUACAGCCACGCUGCCAAGAACGUGUCGACGUCGUCGUACAGCAGUCGAGAUCACCACUCGUCGAGCAGCAGUGAAGUGAGCUCGCGAAGCGCUGCAGCCAGUUCCAGUGAGUCGUCCGCCAGCCGGUCCGAGAAGCUGCAUCAAUCUUCUAGCAGCAGCAGCAGCCACUCGUCGAAGCAGCAGCACGAAGACUUGGACAAUACUCCGCUGAAGAUUCGCAGCAGUUCGAGCUCGAAGGUCAAGGGCAAAAACGGCAAAAGCACAUCCUCGUCCUCUUCGCACAGUUCCUCGCACCACAACGGCAAAUCGUCCUCGAGUGGUAGCUCUUCUAGCAGUUCCAAAUCGUCUACCCACAACGACGUCAACCCACCGACUGAAGCUCACAGCAGCAGCAGCAGCGCCAAGCACGAAUCUUCCGGUUCAGCCACAGCUGCGGCGCCCGUCGCCGCCAGCAACUCGUCGUCGAGUGCCACCCUACUGGACAAGAAAGGUUCCUCCUCGUCUACCUCAUCCGGUGUCAGCAGCGACAACAACAGCACGGCAUCGUCCAUCAACGCGUCGCCGUCGGGAAAGGGGGGAAAGCGGAGCAGCUCCAGCAAGCUGCCGUCUUCUUCGUCCUCUUCCUCUUCGUCGUCAUCCUCGUCGUCGUCUUCCAGCGCGACCAGCGGAAAUGGCAGUAGUACCAGUAGCAGCAGCAGCAGCAGUAGUAGCAGCAGUUCCGUCUCCGCUGCAAGUGGCAAGUCCGCGGACCGCAAAGGGGACCGGUCGCGGGAGUACGACCCGGACAAACACUGCGGAGUCCAGUCGGCGGAUGGAAAGCGCAACUGCACGCGGCCACUCAGCUGUAAGUCGCACUCGCUGUCGUCGCGGCGAGCCGUCACCGGCCGGAGCAAGGCGUUCGACAAGCUUCUGUCGGACCACAAAGCGGGAGCGGCUGGAGCGGCAACAUCCAAGGAAGAAAACUACAUCGAGGUGGAAUCGUCGAGCAACUCGUCGUCUGGAUUUGACACAGCGGAUCGGGGUCGCAACGCGGCCGCGGCUACUGCCGGAGAGCAUCCCGGACUACCGGAAGGUACCACACAUCUGUCGUUUACGCCGGAAAAGUCUAGUCCUCGCGCCGAGAGUGCCCCGUCGACGCCGGGCAGUUUGAAAGCGGCGGCCAGCAGCAGUGGCAGUAUUGUGUCGUCUUCGCCGAAAUCCGAAGCGAAAACGGACCGCUCGUCGAAGCAUAAGCAAAGCAGGGGUACGUCCAGUCAGCCAAAGUAUCAGGAACCGCCGGCGUUGGUGCCACCAAUUUCUCCGGCUGCGUUCGGCGGACAGCAGCCGCGUUCGGCAGCAAAGCGGGAUCAGCAGCAAGUUACGAUGCCGGCGGCUGCGGCCGAAAUUCUUGCGCAGCACUUUGUCGAAGAAAAUCCAAAUACGGUCCUGUCCGAUGCGACCAUCGUGGUAGAUCCAACCACGAACGAGUUGAAGCUUUCCGUUUCUGGAACGCUGCAUCCGACGAGCGAAAACGAAACUGCCGAGGAAUCGAUCCAACAAUUUGCCAACAGUCUGCAAGAGCAGCAGCUGACCGUUACCGUUCCACUAUCUGUGAUAUCUUCAAUGAACAUUUCCGGAACGAACCUGGUCAGCGUUAACGCUGGAACCGACGAAGCGGCAUUGGCUGGUUCUACGGGCACCACCGUGACGAUGCAUGCCGGUGAGAUCCUAACGACUGCGGAUGUGACUUCCGGAGAGGCCGAGCAGCAGCAGUUCAUUCCGGCGGAAUUGAUUGGUCAGCUUCCGCUGGUUCAGGCCACCAACGGUACCGAACUGCACGAUCCCAACCAGUACAUAACCACCACGACUGGCCAAGAACUGAGCGAACACGCGCUAAUUUCAAACUACAACGAUCAAAUCAACUACACACUACAAACGUUAGCCCAGAAUCUUCAGAACGCGGAACAGUUGUCCGGCCAGACGCUUCAAACAGACCUGUCCGAGAGUAUAGACGAUAUCGUACCGACCAUAAAUCUGCUUCCUUCAACGGCGAACCCAUUGGUUCUGCCCCAGCUACAAGCGGAUCUGGCCGAUUCCAUCAUUCUAACCCCCAACCAGCUAUCGACGAUAUCGCAAUCGCUCGUCGAGCAACACUACAUAGAGAACGUAGCGCUCAAGCCGGAACUGGAAAUCCUGACCGUCAACACCCCGGUAGACAUUUCCAAGCUGAACCUGCUGCGUACGGUCGAUGCCGAGUUCCUCAAAGAACGCCAUGCCCAACAACAGCAGCAGCAACAGGCCAACACCAUGUACCACGCCCAGAUCGAUGACUUCCGCGGGGUCAAAAUGUGGUACAGCAACCUGCCAAAACCGCUGCACGUCAACAACUUCCAGCUGCGUAAGCUCGGCGGCGGUUACGUCAUGAACCGGAAGUUGCUGAACAUUCGCAAGAACCUGGUCAGCGAAUCGAACAACCUCGCCAAGUCGCUCAACUCCCAGCUGUCCCCGAUCGGAGGACCGCGGAGUGCACUCAACUUCAACACUUCCGGAGCCCGUUCCGGGGACCUGCUGUCGCCAAUCGCCGGAAUGGGCAAAAGCAAAGACACCAACGGCGGCCUAGGCCUAUCGAGCUCCCCGACCGCCAACCGGCUAGGGCAGGUCAACCGUGGCCAACGACGACUGAUACUGCCACAGGCGGCGAUCAAAAAACCGACUGAGAAGACUUCCUGUUUGCUAAGUAACGCGUACUUUAAGAAUCUUAUUAGUUCAAUGCAACAACAGCAACAACAAACCGUUAGUCACCAAACCCCCACCACAAACACAAACCACAGCCUGAAACGGCCCUCGUCCUCGUCGCUGACUUCUCUCUCCAACAAGCGGCUGAAGAUCAUCAACAACCUGCAGAACUCGACCGCCCCGCCGCAGAUGCUGCUGCAGCAGGGCAGCAGCAGCGGAAAAGUGAAGCCAAAAGUAUUAUAAUUAGUGAUUAGGAUCUACAAUCUCGACGGCGGCACCGGUGGCGACGUAGGAAAGGGAGGAGGAGCGGGAGGAUGCGACACCGACGACGACAGCGAAUAGCGAGAGUUGCAAGAUCCGGAACAAUACAAACCAACAACAGCAAACCAAUUGGCCGGCUAGUGCGAGCACAGGCACACAAACAAACACACACACACGUGCCGCUCGGAAACAAAUUAAGAAAGAAAAA